UACGUUUUUAGUCGAAAGGUGGGCAACCAACCAGGUUAAGAGUGAACAUCCCCAUGUGUUGCUUAAGAAAAGACACAAAGUUUAUCGUUUUGUCGGUCUGAAAGUAUUUUGUUGCUAAAUGUGUCACGAGAAUGAGAGUAUUUGACAAACGGAUACAACGAUUUCUUCCGUAAUCGCCUGAGUUUAGGGUGGUGGGUCCCAGAACUGCAUUCGGAAGUAAGUCCUCGACGUAGGCGUGUAAUAGAUAUAAUCCGUGUAGUUUUACAUUUUCAAAACUAUUCUUUAAGAAAAAGUUCUAUCGUUCGCAUCUUAGCUGCCCGUCGGCCAAGUGACGUUUAGAAAAUGAUAACUCGAUUUUGUGUGUUCAUCGCUUUGAUAAUAUUGACUCUUAUUUUAAACGUGGGUCCAGCUCAUUCUACCAGCAUCUCUUUGAAUAAAAAUGCCUAUUCAAAUAUAGUGGUGGCUAUAUCGCCAAAUGUUCCUAAUACGUGGUCCGAAACCAUCUUGCAGAAUAUUCAGUUGAUGAUACGUAGGGCCUCGAGUGUUUUGUACCGAGCUACGAAGAAACGAGCCUAUUUCAAAGAUGUUCGUAUCCUCGUACCCGAAUCUUGGAGCAACGUUCGAUCUAAUCUCAGCACAUGGGAGACGUACUCCGAGGCUGAUGUGCGAGUGGCACCACCGGCAUCAGCUCAUGGCAAUAAGCCCUACACUAUCCAGUCGGGCGGAUGUGGCCAGCCAGGAGAGUACAUCCAUUUCACUCCCGACUAUCUCCGCACUCUUACAGAUCCUAACACGGCUGUUUUCGGCCCACCAGAAAAGGUGUUUGUUCACGAGUGGUCCCAUUUACGUUACGGCGUGUUUGAUGAGUAUGGUCAUCAAAACGAUAAGAAGUACCCCUUGUUCUACAAACCGCCGAAUUCUGAAGAAAUCCAACCAAAUUUGUGCACCAAUAAACCACCCAUUUUCACCACCAUGGAUGUUGUUACUCAAGGACCGUGCCGAAUUGACCCAACCACUGGUGUUUACGAUAAUAAUUGCGUUUACAAUCUUCAACCUAAAUUUUUACCGGAUUCGUCCCUCAUGUCUAAUUACUCGAUUGAUUCGGUAGUGGAUUUCUGUGAGGACGAUCAGGACCUGGCUCACGUUUUUACAGCCCCAAACAAACACAACGCCAUGUGCGGAUCGUAUAGCGUCUGGACCGUCAUCACAAGACAUCCGGAUUUCGCCAUGAACAACAAUCCACCGAGCGAUGUACUCUUCUUGGAACCCACGUUCCAGAUUGUACGGUCCACCGGUUCGCGAUUUGUUCUCGUCGCCGACACGUCGGGCAGCAUGAACGAUUACAAUCGAAUCGUUAGAUUAUACGAAUCUUCCCGGCGUUGGAUCAAAUACGACAUUUCCGAUGGCAGUCAACUUGGCAUGGUUCAAUUUGCAACCAAAGCGAAGAUAAUUAGUUCAAUGGUCGAAAUUAAAGGUGACGCAAGUCGCGAGGCGCUUAUCGCCCGGUUACCUGUCAACGCGGUUGGCGGAACUUGUAUCGGGUGUGGCUUGCAAAAAGCCUUGGAACUUCUUAGACCAGGAGGUCCAGGUGGUGUUAUCUUACUUUUAACUGACGGAGAGGAAACGGACAGGCCGUUCAUUUACGAAGUUCUAUCAGAAGUGGUCCGGUCGGGCGCUAGAGUCGUUUCCAUCGCUUUCGGGAGGUCGGCCGAAGAUAAAAUUGAGGAACUAGCGGACAAGACUAACGGCAAGAGUUACUUUAUCGAUGAUAAUGAUUCCAGCCAAGGAUUGAACGAUGCCUUUGUUGGAUCCCUCACAUAUCAACCGGCCGUGUCUACCGAUCAGAUCGUCGUCUUGCUAUUCAAGCGGCAGUACCAGAAUGUGACGGGUGGGAUAAUCAACGAAAAUUUCUCCGUUGACUCGACAGUUGGCCGCAAUUUCGUUUUCCGCAUUGAUUACACGCAGAAAAACUAUCUGAGAUCGUUCAGUUUGAAGUCGCCUAGCGGAACUGUUUACACCCAACUCGUGUACGACGACGUGGUGAAGGUUGCCAUGCUCAAACUAUCCGAGGCUGAAGUAGGAAAAUGGGACUUCACUUUGACGGUGAGUAGUUCCACCGUGGACGCAUUGGCUGUUCACGUUACGUCGCAGACUAGGUCGACAACAACGGCACCAAUAACAACUGAAUGUUACGUCCCUGCCGGAAAUACGCUCAACAAUACCAACGCGAGUCCAGUGAGGAUUUUAGCUAAGGUGAUGCAAGAUGCCAAUCCCGUAGUUCGGGCCAAAGUCAAGGCGCAUAUUGAAAUGCCUUCCGGUCCGUCUCAAAUUUUUGAAUUGUUUGAUAAUGGAGCGUCGGCAGACACGGUCGCCGAUGAUGGCAUUUAUUCUCGUUACUUUGUCGGUGCCACGUCUGGCGGACGUUACACGGUCGAAUGCGAAGUCUGGGACGAUGGUUCAGCGUACGUCAACGAUGGAACGUUCGUCCGAAAUCGAAAAAAAAGAUCGGCCACACCUAAAAUGACGGGAUCGUUCACGCGAAUGGCAAGCGGUGGCUCCUUCAAGAUUGCUCAAUCAGUGCCAGUUGAUGCGGAUAUCUAUCCACCCUCAAGAAUAACUGAUUUGUUCGUCGUGGAAGUACAAACGAAUCCCGGCCACACGGCCACCAUCCAAUUUACGGCGCCCGGUGAAGAUUUGGAUUCUGGAACAGCCGCAAGUUACGAAAUUCGAUAUUCGCCGGUGUUUGACGACCUCCGUGGAACAAAUUUCGGUUCGGCCAAUAAUUCAACACUCGUCCAACAAGAGCACGUCGUGAACGGCUCGUUGCAACCGAUGGUCUCAGGAUCGCGACAGACCAUCACGUUCGUUAUGACGAUGAAAAACGAAGAAACGAGGACGUACUACAUCGCUUUGAGGGCGAUCGAUCGCAGCGGACAGGUCGCUUUGCCGUCCAACAUUGUGUCCGCUCAAUUCCCGCUGGACGAGCCGGCGUCGGGCCUGUCGACGAAAGCCAUCAUUGGCAUCAUCGUGGGAAGUUUACUCGGUGUUCUACUGAUUGCUGCAAUCGCCUAUUUAAUCCACAAGAAGAAAUACCUGUCAUACGAAGCGGCCGACACCCGGUCCAAAACUUAGCUCGCCCACCGGUCGUAUAUAUUCCUCCCUAGAAUUUAUGAUUGAGUUAAAUGUACGUUUUACAAAUGGAAAAGGUUCGGAUUUAAAAUGUUGCACAAGUACCGUACCUUUUUUUAAAAAAAAGUUUGACAGGUGCGAGUUGAAAACGGUUGAUUUUAAGAUGGGCUAUUUAUGUUUACGCAAUAUCUAGGGUAAUUAUCAGCUCUAUAUUUGCUAGAGAUUUGUCGAAUUCUAGGUGAUUAACAACCAAGGCUGUUUUUUUUUAUGUAAAAAACAAACAUCUACAAUUGUUACAUUUCGCUUUUAGAGUUGAAAGAGUGGGUUGUAUGUUCAACCUACACAAAUGUUUACCUUUUAUCAGUCGUUGCAGCACAUUUACUGUCUCGGCGGUGAAGGACACAAAUGAAAAAAAGCGUCAAGGAAAAAUAAAAAUGUGUCGAUAAGGUU